AUGUCUACCCAAAGACUCUGGAUAUCGGAUGCUUCACCGCUAUGCUUCUACUCACCUGCAGACGCAUACUUUUCCGGUCAGAACUUGUCUCCUUGGACAGGAUCCGACAGCUCAAGCUCUACGGCCAAGCGGCAGAUUGGGGGUACAGUCGCGGGAGGAUCUACUUAUCAUAGUGCCACAGGGAGCGCUGGGGUCAUAUUACCUUCGAUCUAUGCCACCAGCUUUGCCCCCAUAUUCAAUGCCAAUGACUACAAUGUGACACUUCAGAUCAACUCGGAUGAUUCGCAGACGUGGGAAACUGCUCAAAACUGGACAGCCUCGGAUGGAAAGUUCAAUCAGCAGACGUUCACUUUACAGUCAUCGUGCGGGGUGGAUGGAGGAUGUCAGGAUGCGUUUGAGUUUCAUGGGGCUUGGGUGGAAACGCAGAUGGCCCCUAGCGGGUCAGAUACAGAGAGUGUCACUCUCGAUGACGGCUCUGAGCUCGCCCGAUACUCGGGCUUUUCUCCUAUAGACUCGAACAACGAAAUAGUACAAGUAUCGUCAAACGACCACAACUCAACAUUAUCGAUGACGAGUACCGCAGGUGCUACCGCUCAGGUUGACUUCAAUGGAGCGUCGAUUUCAAUAAUGGGAGUGGUCUGUCCAUCUUGCUCCACCUUCACAGUAACCCUCGACGGCACUGUUGCCGCCACACUCGAUACCUCCAACAACGUCACUGUACACGACACCCUCUUAUUCUUCACCACCAAUCUUGACACAAGCAGCACGCAUACGAUGUCUCUAGAAGCGCAAGGAGGGCUGGUGAUUGACAGAUUUGUGGCCUACGGCCCGGCGGGAGGUGUCGGUUUCAUCGGUACCGUAGCAGGCUCUACGACGACCUUAUCUCCAUCUGGCACCGGGGCCACGACUACAACAGGCGCUACUGCCACAUCUACAGGCGUAAAGGGCACAUCAGGAGGAGCCCCAAAUAUAGGUGUGAUCAUCGGUGCCGUAUUGGGUUCUCUUGCAGGAGUGGUGCUACUGUGGUUUGCAUGUCGCAAGGCGGUACAGGCAAAGAAGAAAGACGACGAUAAGAAGCUGGAUCCGUGGGAUGAAGCUAAUAUGUUGCAAAAUCAGAAGAAUGAAGGUGUACACGUUACUACCGCUGCAAACCAGCGAUAUGUAUAUCCUGGACUCAUCGCUCAUAGCGACCUCAAAAAGAAGUGA